ACUUUUUGCGUUGCCAAAACCCCUUUAUAUGGCGAUUUUUAUCCAGUUCACCAGGCAUUAAAGACUUUCUGCUGAGUUGUAGGAAAGAUUUCCCUACACGUACGUUACUUUUUUCAAUCGCUUUUCAGCGGCGUAGCAAAAUCAUCAUCAGUCAUCAGUGGUUUAAAAGCUAGACAUCCUUCCACCAAUCUGCUCCAUGACACCACCCACCAUGUUGAAGUUGAGGACGUGCCUAAUGGCUUUGAGUGUACGGACUCUGCAGACCACCCAAGCCUCAGUCUGCCCCUGUGCAUGUGGCCGUGGGUCUGUCGAUGCGUUGCGGAGUCCUGGGUCGAUGUUGAGGCCAGCAGCAGGCCAGUUGACAUAUUCUCAAUACCGGCACAUGUCUCUGCUGUAUUAUAUGCGUACGAUCCCCAAGCGAUUUAAGGAGUUCAAGAAGUUCCAGCUGAAUAUAGUGGAACGGCCAAACGAAGCCAGCAAAUUCCCGCCCGAGAUUGCCACCUACUUGUGGCUGAUCAGUAUGAAGGCCAAGGUGCAUUUCACCAACGGCAAGUGGUACACGUCGGAGGUAAGCGGGCUGAGAGAGAAGCGGCCCGUCAGGGAACUCAUGAAGUACAACAUUGACGCCAUCGAUGCCAAAGGAACGUUGAUAGACUAUCACGGCAUGGCGCAAAUAAUAAAACUAAAGAAGCUGAAGUUCCUGAGUUUUGAGGGGUGUCCCUACAUUGACGAUAGCUGCCUGGGGCGCUUGGUGCACCUGCAGGAUUCACUCACACAUCUCAACAUCAACAAGUGUCCACAGGUUACAGAAUGUGGACUAGUCAGCCUGCAUCACCUCAGUAAUUUGGAGAGAAUGAACAUGAGCGAUCUCCCGGGAGUUCCCCACGCCAGAGUAAUGGCCUGCAUGCUGGAGGACGUAUUGCCCAAUCUCAGGAUUGGUCUGGUUACCGAAGAAUUAGAGAGAUAUGCGAGUCGGAGAGACAAAUGGAGGUCCACACCAAGCCCGGACAGUUGUGAGAAUGAAACAAAGGAACAAGUGGAGAAGACAAGUUGACACUUAAACAGGAGAAUGAUUUCAUAUUGCGUAACUUUGCUGGAUUACAGCCAUAUGCAUUAUCAGCAAGACGGACAAUCCCAGAUGUCCUCAGCAAAGGCCUUCAUAAAGCCACCCUCGGGUUGACUUUGCAAUGACACACAUCAGUUUGGAACUACAGCCUGUCUCAAAAAAAUGGUACAAUCAGAAAAAAAAUUGGUUAAAUAU